AUGUUAAAAGAACCACAGUGUCUUGUACGCCACUCAGCUCGAUGCCCGAUUUGUAUGGUGGAAUUCGUUGAUGGCGAACAUAUUCGUUAUCUUCCGUGUAUGCACUUUUUUCAUAAAAAAUGCGUGGAUGAUUGGCUGAUGCGAUCGUUUAGCUGUCCGUCCUGUAUGGAACCGGUCGAUUCCGCAAUGCUUUCGUCGUUUGCUGCACACACAGUCAGGGGUCUGGAGACGCUAGCUUGUUCUCCGGCCGUGGCCGGCACACAGCGCAGCACGCAGCCGCCUUCUUGA